UGUUAUAAAGAGAUCAAGGACGGCUUCAAACAACAAACAAAGUACACCACCACACUCACAUAGUCACAUACACUCUGUUGCCAACAACAUUAAUCACUCCCAUCCCAAAUAUAUAAAUAAACAAAACUCCUUCACUCACUCUCAUCUUACUCUUCAUUCAUUCAUCUCUCUCUGUCUGUUUCUUUCUUUUCUCCCUCUCCUUGCUUACCUAAUCACCUCACCUUAUAUAAAUAAAACCGCUCUCUCCCUUUAGUGUUAACUCAUCACUUUCAGUUUUCAUUCACUCAUAACAGUAGUUUUUCUCCUUCUUAUUUUAUUUUUGUGGACAUGGUAGAAGAACAACAAUUUUUGCUGGGGAUGGCGACCCCCAGCAUCCACACAGGGAAGGGAAAACGCACCAAGAGGUUGAGGCUAUUAUCCCCCUGUGGUGGUGUCGCGGCCACCGUGACGGCGUCUAGCUGCUCCAGCGUUUCUGGCGGUGAUAACAUGUCGUUUUCUUCGUCGAUGGAGAGCGCUGAUCGGGAGGAGGAAGACAUGGCUAAUUGCUUGAUCCUCCUUGCUCAAGGAGGAGGAUCUCAAUCUCAUCAUCAACAUCAUCAUCACAAGAAACAACAACCUGAAAAUUAUGAUGAAGGUGAAAAAACAGAAAAGGGAAACACCGCCAGUAAAAUGUUUGCUGAGAUAGCCACCGCCACAAAUCCCAAUACCAAAGCUGGUUUCUUUAUUUAUGAAUGCAAAACGUGUAACCGAACAUUCCCUUCGUUUCAAGCACUUGGUGGGCACAGGGCGAGUCACAAGAGGCCUAAAGUCACGGUGGAGGAGAAGAAACUAUCUCCACCUCUACCGCCUCCGCCGUCUUCACAACCACACCAGCUGGUUGUGAAUUACGGCGGAUUUGAAGAAGCAGGGCUACCACGUGGUGGUGGCCCUUCAAUUUCUCUUCAAUUGGGGAGAUCAGGUUUCAAUGGCAAUAAUAACAAGGCCAAGAUUCAUGAGUGUUCCAUUUGUGGAUCAGAAUUCACAUCAGGACAAGCAUUGGGUGGUCACAUGAGGAGGCACAGGGCAUCCGCCAACGCGGCCGCCGAGACUAAUUCUAACGCUAUCACCUCCACCACCGUCGUUGCUCGGCCGCCUAGAAAUAUUUUACAAUUAGAUCUGAACCUUCCGGCACCGCCCGAAGAUGAUCUCCGAGAAUCAAAGUUUCAGUUUCCGGCAACUCAGAAAUCAAUGGUGCUGUCUGCUGCUCCGGCUUUGGUGGAUUGCCAUUAUUAGGCCAGGGUGGAGAAAUUUGGAAGGAGUAUUAUUUUGAUUAAUGAUCAAUGUGAAUUAUUACUGUCAUUUUAAUUUACAAUUAUAUUCGUAAUUAUCCAUUCUUUUGGAUUAUGAUUAUUAUUCUUUGGUUUUAUUAAUAAUUGUCAUUUUGAUAUACAUGAUCUACUUGUUGAAAUUGGAAUACUUUGAGUAAGUAAGUGGUUAGUGUUAUUCAUGGUUGCCUUUCAUUCACGAAAAGUGAGUGACAUAGGGCAUCUUUUGUUUCCUUUUUGUUUUGUUUUUCAUUUUAAUAUUUUUAGUAUCUACUUCUGAGAGCGAUGUGCAAGAUUCAAGAGCUAAGAAAGAGAGUGAAGUGUAUCAUGAAGAUGGGCAUGACUAGCUAGGGCUUGGCAUCACCACAACCACAAGCAAAAGUCAUGGAUUAGGUUCUCUCUUUGUGUGCUUUGGAUUUAUUUAGUUUAUUACAAUAAAGCUAAAAGAUCCCUUUAAUUUCUUUUAGUCUCUUUCUUACUUUUAUUUUGUGAAGAUAUUAUCACAACCGAUGAGAUUAAUUAUCUCCCUUGAGACUCUAA